CAAAGUCCAGUGUUUCUGAAACAGACCAGUGGUUACUCAGCUCCUCUGCUCAUCAAACGCUGCAUCAAGUCCCUUUCCCAGUUUGCAGUCCAGGUCCAGGCGGCUGCUUUGAUUCAGAACAAUUCCUGGAUUUGGAGAUGGGACUUCCAUUUUUCGGAUAGUUCUGACACAAUGUCAUUUUAAUUCUGAAGAUUUUGAAAAACUUUUCAACACAGUGGAUUUAUAAAGAACUUGUCCUGCUUUUAAGACACAAUAUGACUUCAAUUUUUGUGAAAGAUGUUGCUUUUCUCUUGUUUACAGGUUUCAUGAAUCUACUACUUCCCAUGGAAUGUGAAAAAAUUCGAUUGGUUGGGCCUUCACGUUGCGCCGGCAGAGUGGAGAUCUUCCACGAGACCAGCUGGGGUACGGUGUGCGAUGACCACUGGAGCAUCACCAAUGCUGAUGUGGUGUGCCGAGAGUUAAACUGCGGCACGGUUCUGGAGGCCAAGAAAACUGCCUUCUUUGGCGAGGGCAAGAAUGAGAUCUGGCUGGAUGAUGUGCAGUGUACCGGGUCUGAGCCCUCCAUCAUGAAGUGUCCACACAAGCCUAUUGGGAUAAAUAACUGUGGCCACGGAGAAGACGCUGGAGUCGUUUGUGCAGAAAAUGUGCGGGUGAUGAAUGGAAGCAAUCGUUGCAACGGUAGGGUGGAGGUGUAUCAGGAUGGCCACUGGAAGCGAGUGUGCAGCAGCGACUGGGGCAAGGAGGAGGCGGAAGUGGUCUGCCAAGAAAUCAAAUGCGGUACUCCCCUGCUGAAUGUGAUGCAAAAUUUUGGCGAGGCGCAAGGCUUGGCUGGGAUCAAAACCAGCUGUGUUGGAAAUGAGACAUCAAUUUCUAACUGCCAACUUCAAGAAUUUAAAGAGAGUUGUAUUGAUGCUACUGUUGUCUGUUCCAACAGUAAACCAAUACGACUCAUCAAUGGGACUGAUCGGUGCUCAGGCCGAGUGGAGGUCUACUAUGAAGGACAGUGGGGAACCGUUUGCGAUGACAAAUGGGGGAUGCAGGAAGCAGCUGUUGCAUGUCGAGAGAUGAACUGCGGCAAUCCGAUGGCAAUCAAGACCAAAGCCUUUUUUGGCAGAGGUUCCGACACGGUCUGGUUGGAUGAUAUUGAAUGCCUGGGCCACGAAAAGUCCCUUGCUGACUGUCCACACAGGGGUUUUGGAGAACAUGACUGUGACCACAAUGAAGAUGCUGGUGUCGUUUGCUCAGAGACACUGCGACUCUUCAAUGGGACUAACAGCUGCUCUGGCAGGGUGGAGGUCUACCAAAAUGGCAAAUGGGGAAAAGUCUGUAAUAACAACUGGGGCAAGAAAGAAGCCUCAGCUGUGUGUAAGGAACUUGGUUGUGGAACGGCAAAGAAUCAACAAAGAGCCUCCAGCUUUGGCCACAGCUUGCUGAGAGGGUUUAUCAGCAGAUGCUCCAAUGAUGUGACUUCCUUUAGCCAGUGUGAUUUGGAGGAACAUGUAGGGACGUGUGACGAUGCCACUGUGGAUUGUACUGGUAAUCCAUCUAUUAGACUGGUGAAUGGUACUGACCAGUGCUCGGGGAGAGUGGAGAUCCUGCAUGACGGCCAGUGGGGAACAGUGUGUGACGAUGAGUGGGACAUCAGGGAUGCACAGGUGGUGUGCAAGGAAAUGAACUGUGGAACAGCUCUGACGGUCAAACGAUCAGCUUUCUUUGGUCAAGGCCAAGGAGAAAUCUGGCUUGAUGACGUCAACUGUAUGGGAAAUGAGACCUCCCUCUUGCACUGUCGACGUCCCUCAUUUGGAGAAAACAACUGUGGUCACGGUGAAGAUGCUGGACUCGUUUGUUCAGCCACCAUUAGGCUCUUAAAUGGAACUAACCAGUGCUCAGGAAGGGUAGAGGCCAACAAUGGUGGUCACUGGGCACCAGUGUACAAUGUCAACUUUGGAAUGAAUGAAGCUGCUGUGGUGUGCAGAGAAAUGAACUGCGGAGAUCCUGUUCGGGUGUCGACAGCAUUCGGUCAAAGUGAAGAUCUCCAAGGUUUUAAGAUCUCAUGUGGGGGUAGGGAGGGGUCUCUUACACAAUGUUCUUUGAGAGAUUAUACCAGGAGCAGAAAUGAUCGCAUUCAAGAGGUUUCUAUUGAAUGUUCUGGAAAUGUGAGGUUGACUAACGGUCCUCAUCCUUGCGCUGGACGAGUUGAGGUCUACAAUAACGGUCAAUGGGGAACUAUUUGUGGUGAAUCCUGGGACCUCAGUGAUGCAUCUGUGGUGUGCAAACAGCUGGACUGUGGGAGGGCUCACAAGAUUUCAACAUUGACUGAGUAUGGCCUUGGGUCGGGACACGCUUUUACGCAUCGAUUUGAAUGCAAUGGAAGGGAGCAGACUCUCAGCCAGUGCUCUCAGAGAUCCAUCCAAGGUCUAACGUGCAACACCACCUCAGUUGCUGGUGUCGCCUGCACAGCAAGUCUGGAGGCCCGACUGGUGAAUGGUAAGGAUGAGUGCUCUGGAAGAGUGGAAGUUCGGAGCGGUCAGACUUGGCAUACACUGUGUGACACAGACUGGACCCAAAGUAAAGCCAAUGUGGUGUGCGAGUUGCUGGAAUGUGGGAAUGCUUUAAGUGCCCCUGGUGGUGCCAGUUUUGGCCAAGGAAAUGGGACAGUGAUGGAGGCGAGUGGUUCAUGUUUUGACAAUGUGACGUCACUCAAGCAAUGCUCACUUCAAGGAUUGAGAGCAGCAGCAACCUGUGGGCACGAACGUGAUGCUGGUGUUUCCUGUGCAGCCAGCCUGCGGCUGGUUGGUGGAUCCAGCCAAUGCUCCGGCAGACUGGAAGUCUUCUAUAAAGGGCAGUGGGGCACUGUGUGUGAUGACGACUGGGACAUGAGCUCUGCUGAUGUGGCGUGCAAGCAGAUUGGUUGUGGUCAUGCAGUUUCUGCCCCUACUGGCGCUCACUUUGGAAGAGGAUCUGGUCCAAUAUGGCUGGAUAAUGUGGCCUGCACAGGAGAAGAGUCUGCGAUCACUCACUGUACUCAUAAUGGCUUUGGAAUAAACAACUGUGGCCAUGGGGAAGACGCUAGUGUCAUCUGUUUAGGUUCUUUACAGAAACCCCAAAUCACUGUACACCCUGGUCCAGAGGUGAUCUGGGGUGAAAAACUGGAAAUCACUUGCACUGUGGCACCUGAACACCUGGGUGGGAUGUUUGUCCUGAAAAACACCCAGGGGACAUUUGUAAAGGAGAAAUUCUCUGACCAUGAAGCUGCAGCUUUCAUCUUCCCUUCUGCAGACUUCAGCUUGAAGGGCUCCUACUUUUGUGAAUAUCAUAAGAAACUGCCUAACCAAAUUAUUUAUUAUCCUCAAGGAAAUACAGCUGACAUCUCUGUCACAGUAAAACUAGAAAAGCCCAGCAUCUCCCUAACAUCUCCUCACUCCAUGGUGAUGUACAGUCCUCAGAAAAUCUCCAUCCCCAAAGGCAGCUCCUUCUCCAUCACCUGCUCCACUCAUUCUAGAUACUCCAGCGGUAUCUUCUACCUGAGGAAUGUUAACACAAACACUUCUGAAGAGAAAGAAUCCUUUGGCCACAGCAUCUUCUAUAUGGCAUACUUUGAAUUCCCUGAGGUUGAUCUUAAGCACCAAGGAGAGUAUUCCUGUAUUUAUGGGAUUAACAUCUCCUCCCAGCCCUUCCUUUCCCUUCCAUCAAAAACCCUUCAAGUCAGUGUAGUUGAAAUUACAUCUUCUUCAGUUGUGGCAGGAGUUGUGAGUGUUUUACUCGUGCUGCUCUUCCUGGUGGUGGUUGGUUACCUGGUUUGGAGAAAGAAAUGGCGAGGCGCUGGUGUCAUGGUUCAGUUUAGCAAACGGUUUGGAGAAACGGUGAAACAAGACCAGGACAGAAGCAACGGGGGACUUGAUCAAAGAGAGCGCACCAACCAGCUGUAUGACAGGAGCCUACCAAGCAACAGUGGAGAAGACGCCAACGCCACCGCAGAGGCUGACAACGUCGCAGAGAAAGUCCCUGAAGAUCUAGCAGGGAGAGUGUGUUACGAACUUGAACCUCUGGUUGAUUCCUUAUGAAUUUUGAUGGUAUUUCUGACAGUACCCAACAUCAGUGUUUAUUGUGUUUCUUUAUCCAAUCAUUUCCUGCUGAGAGACAUUGGUAAACCUUCUUUUUCUUCUGCUUUUUUUUUGUCAGCUUUGGAUGCAUGUUUUUUUUUUCCUUGUAGAAGGAUUAUGCCACAUCAGACAAAAGAUUUACUUUGUAUUCUUGAAAUAACUGUGCAUGUAAAAACUGAUUGGUAGAAUCUUUUAUUCUUAAAACACCAACCAUUUAGAAGAAUUUUAUAUCAAUUUAAAACUAAUGGGUGAGAUUCUUUAGAUGGGAAAAAUGGGCUCUAACUUGUUGAGACAACUACAUUUUUAUUAAACUAAAGCUGAAAAAUAAAGAUAAAUUAGGUGUUUAAAUCUUUUAUUAAGAAAACAUUUGAAUUCUUCUGUAUUUUAAAAAU